CCCUCUCUCUCCCGUCCUCCUCCCACCCCUGUUGCUUAAACAGAUUACCACAGAUUCACUGUUGCUGUUCGAGGCCUGCACUGCUGACAGCUUCAGAGUGCAUCUGAAUUGGCUUAGAGCAACAGACCUACCAGAUGGUUCUAGAGAGCCUAGGGGUGUCUAAUUACCCAGUGCUUAAUCAGCCUUCCCCCUUACCAGAAGCUGACAGGUAAACCCAGCGUCAGGGCUUCUAGUCGGUCCCAGGUGCCUCAAGGGAGCCCUGUACUUUCUGGAACUUUCUGCCGAGGGGGAAAUUCUCUUGGAACACACUGGAGCAGCUAGUCUGUCAGUAUGGAUAAGAAGGAGGAGGAGGAGGAUGAUGCCAUCUUCACAACCUGGAAGCAGGGGUUUGAUCAACAGGAGGUGACCGAGGAGCCGGAUGGAGAGAGGAAGUCUAGCUUGAACGUCCCUAGGCCUCGUCGAUCCAUUGCCAACCGCAGAGCUUCACUGCCUUGUCCGGCCACAUUAAAUGCCAUGCAACUGCAACUUCAGCACAACACCACUACGGCCCCCAAUCCUGCCAGCCACAGCGCCAGAAAGGAGGGCGAGUCGCGGCACCACUACCGGGCACGGCACGCUGGCAUCAACGGAAGCGAUGUUUGCCCCGCCGCCCACAGCACCCCUGAGAGGGAGAGGCGGGCGCCUGCCAUUCCCACCAUCCCAGAGGUCACGGAGACCGCAGAGAAGAAGACCCGCUUCAGGGGCAGAAACGUCAUGUCUCUGAGCGAUGCGGACAGCAUUUGUCUAAUCUGUCAUGAUGAUCUCCACAAAGGUGGGGGAGGGGUGAGGGAACUUCACUGCACACACCGCUUUCACUCGGAGUGUAUAGAGGAGUGGCUGUGGAGGAAGCAGGCCUGCCCCACCUGUCGCGUGCAUGUGGCUAUGCCCGAGCCUCUAUACUGGACGUCCACUCGUGUCAAAGUGCCCUAACUACGACCCCCUCAACACACACACACACUGAAACACAAACACACACACACACACACACACACACACAC